AUGGCGGGAAAGCAAAUAAAGAAGCGGGGCCCCUCAGGCUCGGCGUCGCAGCCCUACAAAAAGCGCAGGAAGCAGCCGGCGUACGAGAGUGAAUCCGAACCCGAGGAAGCGCAGGAUUUCGACGCCGUGAACCUACUAGACUCGGAGGACGACAUUGAGAAUGCCAAAGUGGACGACGGCGCCGCAACGGAUUCCGGCUCGUCUUCCGACGAGGACACGGCGCGGACAAAGCGGUUAGCCAAGAAGCCGAAAAAGAUAUCAUUCAAACCCACCGAGAACGAGAACGGCUCUGAGUCCGCCGAGAAUGACGACAACGAAGAAGAAGAAGAAGAAGAAGAAGAAGAAUCCGACGGCGCCUGGGACGACUCGCCCCAGAUCCUAUCGACCAAGCUCUCGACGACGAAGCGCGCGGAUCCCGUGCUGUCCCGCAGCGCGGACGCGCAGUCGGCCGCGCGCGCCGCGGCCGAUUCGGUGCUCGAGGUCAAGGCGCGGCGGCACAUGAAGGAGGAGAAGCUCCGGGCGUUGGAAAAGGGCCGCGUGCGCAACAUCAUGGCGCCCGAGGAGGGCUCGGGCCGCACCACGUCGGACGUGCUGGACGAGGAGAGGAGGCUGCGGCGCGUGGCGCAGAGGGGUGUGGUCAAGCUCUUCAACGCCGUGCGCGCGGCCCAGGUCAAGGCUUCGGUGGCGGAGAGGUCGGCCAAGGAAGGGCGCGUCAUCGGCAUAGAUAGGCGGGAGGAAAAAGUCAACGAGAUGAGCAAAAGGGCUUCUUGGACUUGA